AUGGAGCACAUGGACCUCGGAGGGCGGAUACAACCCAUCGGAAAGCCUCAACCUUGGGGGAAGCUGAUCCGGCUGGGGCUGGAACAAGCCGAGCCCCACGUCUUGUUGCUGAAAAAAGAGUGGACCAUUGGGAGGAAAAAAGGUUGUGACUUAUCUUUCCCUGGCAAUAAAUUGAUCUCCGGCUAUCACUGUAAAAUAAUAGUGGACGAAAAAUCUGGUCAGGUUUUGCUACAGGAUACCAGCACGAACGGAACGGUGAUUAAUAAACAGAAAGUGGUGAAGAAACAGACCUGCCCUUUGCAAACCGGGGACGUGAUUUAUGUUGUUUACAGGAAAUUUGAGCCAGAAAACAACGUUGCAUACCUGUAUGAAUCUUUGCACCCCAAAAAGGAUGGAGCUAAUGAUCCAGGAGAAGCCAAGGUUGACAGUGGAUGCCACACAACCAAAGAUACCUCAGGCACCAGAGAAAGCAGGGAUGGGACCUCAACAGCAUCGCCACCACCGGCUUCUCAGCCAAGCUACGAAGAGCCACAGCCAUCCACUUCGACGUCAAACCUCUUUAAAAUUGUUCCUACCUCUCCCACUGAGUCCGUAUCCACUGAGAAGGCGAAGCCCUCAAUAGUUGGAUCCCAAUCUUGCACCUUGAUUUUUGCACCUGCUUUGCUGAAAUUGGUACCAUCCGGACCAGAGUCAUUGCUCCAACUCAGGCAGCCUCUUGUAAAUACAGAAACAUCUGACGCUUCUUGGAGGGACACAGAGAAAACAUCCCUGUUCCAGCUUUCAGGGAGGGAAGGAAAAGAUUCAUCCCACCCGGUUAGGAAGAAAAUCAGAAGAGAUGGUGAAGCCAGCUCUGCCCUUCAGGUGGCCACCCCAGACGGACAAGCAAUGAGAGACCCCCGAGAUGUCAAAUCAGCAACCAUGAAGCCCGACAAAAUGGGAGAAAGCCUGAGUUGCAUCAUCUGCCAGGAACUUCUUCAUGACUGUGUCAGUUUGCAGCCCUGUAUGCAUACUUUCUGUGCCGCUUGCUACUCAGGAUGGAUGGAACGAUCUUCUCUCUGUCCGACAUGUCGAUGUCCAGUGGAACGGAUCUGUAAAAAUCACAUUUUGAACAACUUGGUCGAAGCGUAUCUCAUCCAGCACCCAGACAAGUGUCGUAACGAAGAAGAUAUUAGAAGUAUGGAUGCCCGGAACAAAAUCACUCAGGACAUGCUUCAGCCGAAGGUGCGCAGAUCCUUUUCAGAUGAAGAAGGAAGUUCUGAAGACCUGCUGGAUCUGUCGGAUGUGGACAGCGAAUCCUCUGAUAUUAGUCAGCCGUAUGUUUUAUGCCGGCAAUGUCCUGGUUAUCGUCGGCAAACCGUCCCACCUCUAACCUCUCCAGACCAGGAAGGAAAAACGGAACCUGGGCAGGUCCCUGGAGAUUCCCCAUCAACUUCUUCCAACUUCCCAACAGCAGUCCAGGAAUAUGUCUGCCCAGCUCAAGGAAGCCACAUCUUCUGCACUUGCUGUUUCCAGCCCAUGCCGGACCGUAGGACAGAACGGGAACACAACCAGAACAUCGCCCCACAGCAGUGUACCAUUUGUCUGCAGUCCUUCUGUCAUCUGUACUGGGGAUGUGUCCGUGUGUCCUGCUUGGGCUGUUUAGCCCCAUUCUGCGAGCUCAAUCUUGGUGACAAGUGUUUAGACGGCGUUCUUAAUGGCAAUAACUACGAGUCAGAUAUUCUAAAGGAUUACUUGCAAUCCAGGGGGUUGACCUGGAAAGACAUGCUGAACAAGAGCCUCCUAGCUCUUCAAAAAGGAACGUUUAUUUUACCAGAUUACCGAAUCACGGGAGAAACGGUGCUGUGUUAUUUUUGCGGCCUACGGACUUUCCGGGAACUCGCUUACCAAUACAGGCAAAAUAUUCCUGCUGUGGAAUUGCCAGCCGCUGUCACAUCCCGUCCCGAUUGUUACUGGGGUCGCAACUGUCGGACUCAGGUGAAAGCUCACCAUGCUAUGAAGUUUAAUCACAUCUGUGAACAAACACGGUUCAAAAACUGAGAAGGAUCCCCCCUC